CUCUCCCUUCCUCUCUCUCUCUCUCUCUCUCUCUGCACAGAAUAUCGUAUCCUCUUGAAUCCACGACCAGAAUCCCCAUUUCCUCUCCAAAUCUCUCUCCAAAAACCCUAAUUCGCAAAACCCUAGUCUUUCAUUUCUGGAAAAUCUACUUCUCUCCGAUCUCAGGUCCUCGCUCUCUCCCUUUCUCUCUCUCCUAGACUUCUCGAUUCUACAUUCGAUUCUGUUCCUUUUGUGGGGAUUUUCGAUCUUUCUGUGGUCGGAAGCUGCAAUUCAAGAAACCGUUCUUCAUAAGCUCUUUAAUGGACGAAAAGGGUCUGGAAACUGGAAAACCUUUGCCGAUCAGGGAGAAUUGGAGCGUUGAUCUCACUACUUUUGGCUAAUUAAGUUAGUCCAACCUGCUUGCCCGAGCAGUCUCUUUCCAAGUCGUUGCAGCUUCCACUUUAAGAAGAUUUCCAUAUGGAUUCAGAAUCACAAUGGAUAUCUCAAGGGUCCCUUCAGUCAGCAGAUCAUGCGUUGGCGAAUGACAGUCCAGUUCACCUUCCUGACCAUCCAGAGGCACAUUGCAUCCUCUGCAGAAGAAUCUUUCUGCAGGAUAAUGAGGAGAAUGAGGGUUCUGAAGCAAUGUGCAUAUGCAGGGAAUGUAAAGGUAUGUUUUUCAAUGAUCUCGAGGCAACUGUGCGGGACUCUCAUCCGAGAAGGCUGCGUAGGGGGCGAUCCAGGUACAGGAGUUCUGAGUCGAUCGAGGAUCUGUUCUCGCAGCAGUUCUCUCACUUGAUUAAUCUGGUCAGGCAAAAUCAAAAUACCAUCACAGCAUCUAUCCCAGAGCCUGACACCCAACCAGAUGGUGAUGCUGCUUUGGCAGUGCUGCAUCGUUCAGCCUCUCAUACGCCUCAGAGCAGGUCUAGGAGAUGGCGGAGGGCGCCGCUUUCUGACAAUGAAAGCGAGGGUGUAGAUAAUUUGGAUUCUCUUUUUGGUGAGAGUGACUCCAACGUCAGUUUUGGUGGGUAUGGCCCAUUCACUGGUGAGAGCGAUGGCUUUUCUUUCAGUGCAUAUGGAGGGGAGUCAGAUGCUUCGGUGGAUGCGCACAGUUUGCUAGAAAGGGAAAUGUUCAUGCAAGCAGAUGAUGGGAGCAGCAUGGAUAGCGAUACGGACAUUGACCCGAUGCAUGUGGGCAUGGACCGGUGGAAUUUGGAUGACGAAGACGAAGAUGGUGAAUGGGAAGAAGCUGAUGCUGAAGAAGAUGCAGCUGACAGUACAAGGGUGGACGGUCAGAUCAGAGAUAAUAACAUCACUGACGUAAGUAGUGGCCACAUGGACUACCAGAUUCAGUUUCGAUUUCCCGGGAAUAGUGGUAGAAUCCGCUUGAGAAUGCAGGAAAGUAGGGGCACAUAUAAUAUCCCUAACGUCUUUGCUAACUUGGAGGAAUCGGAGAUGACACCACCUUAUGUCGGGAAUGCUGGUGACUACCUUGACGCAAGAGGGUUUGAAGAACUGCUUGAGCAGCUUGCAGAAACCGAUGCUUCGAGGCGUGGGGCCCCUCCAGCAGCUGCAUCUUUUGUCGGGAGCCUGCCACGUGUCAUCAUCCAAAAGGAACACGAGAAGCACGGUGGCUUGAUCUGUGCGGUCUGUAAGGAUCCUCUGGCCUUAGAUAGUGAGGCCAGCCAGCUGCCCUGCUCACACCUCUAUCACCCUUCCUGUAUCUUGCCAUGGUUGAGUACGAGGAAUUCAUGCCCAGUUUGUCGAUAUGAACUCCCAACGGAUGACAAGGAUUACGAGGAGGGGAAGCGCAACUUGGGCAUUAGAACUGAUAUCCAUGAGAUCUGGCCACAGCGGGAUCUAAGUGAGGACGACAGUUCAUCUGAUAUCUCCAGUGAUGCCGGGGCAGUAGAAGCGAAUGAAUCUACCCACAGAAGAGUGGAGCAGGGGAAUUUUAGUGAAAUGGGCCAUGCUGCGGGCAGCUCAGAUGGAGAGGGUGGUAGGAGACACAGGUGGUUUUUUCUCGCUGCAGCCCCAAUUGUCAGCAUUGUUGGUAUUGCUUUGGUUCUGUGGUUCCGGAACCCUGUCUCCAACAGGCAGGCCCAAUGUGGUUUUGAAGGAGGACCGGAGCACCAGCUGCUUCCGAGAUCUUCAGGGAGCUCUGCUGGAUCCCCAGAGCGUAGGGAGAACAGAAGCAGGAGAUGGUGGUCUUUCUUCUGAAGGGUUCUCAAGAGGCAUGGGAAGUACUAUAUUCAUGAGUAUCAUGUCAUUGCAGCACAUGGGUACAUGGACUAGAUCAGAACCUUUCAUUUGUUGGGUCAAAUGGUAGAAGGGCCAGAUUGCAAAGGAACCAUUUCAGCAAUUC